AUGCCGGAACAAGACGAGAUGAGGACCGUACAAUCAGCAUCACCACGAGUGGUUUGUUAUUACACGAACUGGUCCGUAUAUCGCCCCGGUACUGCAAAGUUCAACCCUCAGAAUAUCAACCCCUAUUUAUGUACUCACUUGGUGUACGCGUUCGGAGGCUUCACUAAGGAUAAUACACUGAAACCCUUUGACAAAUAUCAGGAUAUAGAAAAAGGUGGAUAUGCCAAGUUUAAUGGUUUGAAGACGUAUAACAAGAACCUCAAAACAUUACUGGCAAUCGGAGGCUGGAACGAGGGAUCCUCUCGUUUCUCACCCAUGGUCGCCGCUAAAGAUCGUAGGAGAGAAUUCGUGAGGAACGCCAUUAAGUUCUUAAGACAGAAUCAGUUCGAUGGAUUGGAUCUCGAUUGGGAAUACCCGGCCUUCAGAGACGGAGGGAAACCCAAGGACAGAGAGAACUACGCCAAACUGGUGAAGGAACUACGCCAGGAGUUUGAGAAAGAAUCAGAAAAGACAGGCAAACCCAGGCUACUGCUCACUAUGGCUGUCCCCGCGGGCAUCGAAUAUAUUGAAAAAGGAUUUGACGUUAAGACUUUGACACGUUAUUUGGACUGGAUGAAUCUUCUCACAUACGACUACCACUCCGCAUUUGAACCGGCAGUAAACCACCACGCGCCUCUCUACCCUCUAGAAGAACCCAAUGAAUACAGCGUUGAUAACGAACUCAAUAUUGACUACACGAUCAAAUUCUAUCUCGAAAGUGGUGCGGAUCCUGAGAAAUUGGUUCUGGGUAUACCGACGUAUGGUCGUUCCUAUACUCUGUUCAACCCUGAUGCUGUGGAAAUAGGCUCUCCCGCUGAUGGACCCGGGGAGCAGGGAGAGGCGACGAGGGAAAAGGGAUACUUGGCUUAUUAUGAGAUUUGCGAAGCGCAAAUACAGAAGACAAAGAAACGCGCCAUCGCGUCAGACGAAGACUCUGAAGAAGAAUCAGAAGAAGAAGAGGAAGAAGAAGAAGAGAAAUGGACCAUCAUGUAUCCCAACCCUAACGCUAUGGGCCCUGUAGCAUUCAAAGGGAACCAGUGGGUUGGUUACGAUGACGUGGAGAUAGUUAAGAAGAAAGCGCAUUAUGUUGUAGAAAACGGUCUCGGAGGUAUUAUGUUCUGGUCUAUAGACAAUGAUGAUUUCCGAGGCGUGUGCAACGGGAAACCCUACCCGCUUAUUGAAGCGGCUAAAGAGGCUUAUCUCACUAAAUUAGAAUCUUCUAAAAACUCAGUCAGCAGCUCGAAAGAAACUUCAAAAGCAUCAAAACCAUCAAGAAGUGGGAACCGAAGACGGAACCGGCCGAAAACUACAUCAACCACUACUACUACUACUACUACUACUACUACAACUCCAAAACCACCAAAAAGCAACAAGCGUAAGUCAACUAGUUCAGUGAGUACUACACCAGCUUGGAACAUCAUCACACCAGAGCCUCCCACCACUCCUGAUCCAGGAUCUGACUUCAAAUGUACGGACGAGGGUUUCUUCCCCCAUCCUCGUGAUUGUAAGAAAUAUUUCUGGUGCCUCGACUCCGGACCCUCGGACCUUGGAAUCGUUGCACACGCCUUCACAUGCCCAUCAGGUCUAUAUUUCAACAAGGCCGCCGAUUCCUGUGAUUUCGCAAGAAACGUGCUCUGCAAGAAAUCGUCGUCUACCACAAAAGCUACCACGAAAACCACAACAACGAAAACAACUCCCACGACCACAACGACGACCACGACCACCAGACGACCCGUCAGACUGACUUCAAGGAGCUCAUUACUGUUCAGGACUUCAACUACUACUACUACAACUACACCAGAACCUGAGCUCAGUGAAGAAGAUGAGGAUGAUGUCGAUGACGCCAGUGACGUAGAAGCUGAAGACCCGAAGGUUAUCAAGGAACUUAUUGACCUUAUAAAGAAAGUUGGUGGUGUUGAACAGCUGGAAAAGCAGCUUAAGCUAUCAGAAUCCUCAGGAUCUACUGACGGCGUCGCCACCACCACGCCUUCAUCAUUCAACACUAAGCUGUAUCAAAAAGUCCUGGAGCGAGCUCGGGGAAAGAACAAGUUCGUCGGAAACAGCAUUACUGAAAGCAGUGUGCAAAACAGUCGCCGUGGACCACAGAACGAAGGACUUGAACCAGCUGCUGAUAAAGACCGCCUGUUGAGGAGAGAUAGACCACAGUAUGUAACCAUCAACCGGGCAAGGUCAUCCACUACACCAGAAUCUUUAGAAAGUGAGGAAGCUGAUGAUGAAUCUGAGGAAAUUCAGGAAUCAGUUCAGGAACAACGAUCAGAGGAACCAUCAGCCAGGGUGGCGACUACUCCUAAACCUCUACAAUACGUUAACAUCAGACGAUCAAGACCAACCACUGCUGCCACUGAAACACCCGAUGAAUCCAGAAAUGCUCUGUUUGAACGCGAAUCAGCGGAAUCAGAGGAACGUCUUUCUGCUGUUGAUGAUGCACAGCGCGUAGACCGUGGAGAAUCCCGGCGGGAGACUCCUGAAUACGUCACUAUAAGACGUGGCAGACCCACCACUGAGGCUACCACACUACCAUAUCACAGGGCUGAAGAAAAAGAAGAAUCUCAGGAAGUUGUUUUAGAGAAAGAGAUCACAUCUCAGUCUUCGUCACCGCAAUAUAACUCUAUAGUCAGGACCCGAUCAACUACACAGUCACCAGUCGAAGAGUUGACUAACCCAGCUCCAACUACGGUCCUUUCUGUUCAGAUAUCUUCAUUAUUGAAUUCCCCAAGUUCCGAGGAAACCGCAAGCCCUCGAACAGAUAGCACAACCGCUCAUGUAACCGAAGCUUCUGAACCCGAAGUAACAACGACAUCUACUACGGUUGUGACAACCACAACCACGCCAGUAACGACCACGACUACCACGCCCUUACCUUCUAGUACAACCACACGACGCAACCUGUUAAGACGACGGGGUUCCACAACACCGACCACACCAACCACGGCUGCUGCAACAUCAACUACGCAGGUAAGUUCUAGGAACUAUGCAUUCAUACGGCGACGUAGACCAUUGUCCCAACCCAACGAAAUAUCUUCGGAAUCUAACGAGUUAGUUGAUAAUGUAAGAAGGAUUAGGUCCACCACUCCGGACAGUCGCGAGGUUGAUGUUAGGUUUUCUGGCAAUAGCGGACCAAAUAGAAGAUUUAGAAGCAGAUUCCAAAUAUCCCGGAACGCUGAUUCCAUACCGGCUGCAGCAUCUAGAGUGUCAGAAAAGGAGUUUAGAUCAUUACCCGAUGAAGAAUUAUCAUUAACAGCUAUUGAUGUUGAUACUUCUGAAAUACUGGACGACGAUGAACUAUUAGACAACAGUGAUUUUAUACGUGGCAGAGUUCCUACUACUCUGUCUGAUCGAGUAGUAGAUAGUGAAAUGUCUGCUGCCACUAUUGAUGAAAGACGACCAAGUAUUGUACCAAGAGGACGUACUAGAUUUGCUUCAAUCACCACAGAGUCUAUUGCGAGAACUGUCUCAACCGAAGCUCCUCAAACACCCAAACGUCCAACAUUUGGGAGGUUUACACCUCGCCCCUUUGCCAGAAAUAGUGUGACAACAAAAACUACUGAAACUCCAAAGAGGGUAACUGAUUCAAUAAAUCAAAGAAUUCGUACUCGAUUACCCUUCGGCAGAUCUCGACCUGUUGUUUCAACAUUAGCACCAGCAUUACAAGCUCGAAAACUGCCAUUUAACAAUCAACAGUCCACGUCACAACCACUUUUAAUAUCUAAUAAUGAAGACGAAGAUAUUGACAAUAAAAGCGAUGAUAUUACAUUAUCCGAAAGUUCCAUAGCAGAAAAAGAACAUGAUGCAUCUUUGGAAGAGGAAGAUUUAGAAAAUCCAACAAAAUCUCUCCCAGAAAUAAUUGACGAUAUUCCGCCUGCUGAAUCCCAAAGUGAUACAACUGCGAAAAGAAAAUUCAAGGUGAUAAGGAGGCGACCAACAACAGUCCCAAAAAUUGAAACCACAACAAUAUCCCUUCCUGAAACUACUACACCCACCGUAACAAGGAUCCGAAAAAUUAUAAGGAAGAAAAUAAAACCGAUUGAGGAUGAAUCUCCUGUUCCCUCAAAAAAUAUCGCCGUGGUUAAUGCCGGCUUUAAAGAUGUUCCAAAAGAUUUAGUAAACUACGGUGAAAAAACUCGACCCACCACCGUUUCAUUAAAUACUGAAGAAAUAAGAACCACUACAGAGUAUGAUGAAAGUGAUAUAGUGGAACCAAUAACCGAAAUUCUAAAAGAAAAUGCAUUCAAUCCAGAUAUAAUAGAAAAAGUAAAUGAAUCGGAAGAUCAAGCCGUUUCUCAAAAUAUAAAUAAUGAAAAUGAUAAACCACAGGUUAUUGUCGAAGACGAGAAUAAAUCACUCGAUAUUUCUGAUAAUAAAGAAGCGCCUUUAAUCGAAACUGUCCUUGAAUCUGUAAACAGUGACACAGAGUCCAAUAAACAGUCUGCAGAACCGCAAAUUGUUAUAUUAGAACAAGAGAAACAAGAUAAUGACUUAAAUAAGGACACAAUGAAAGAGGCCAAUGGUAAUGUGAUUCCACAAAACAAUGCAACACAGAAUGUGGAAGAAACUCCGGCACCUGAAAUAACUACAGAAGAAGUAAUUAUAGAAACCACUACAAAAACGAGCACAACUCAACUGACAUCGCCUUCUCCAAAAUCUAGAUCACCCUACAAACCAUCUAAAAAAUUCACUCCAUCUACUACAGCUAUACCCUCAAGCAGUAGAACUUUUAGUCGUAAAUAUAACCCAGGUGCAUACACUAGUCCUGCAACUGUUGAAAAACCGAGCUUGUUUAAACGACCAACCACAAAGAGACCCUUGUUUACGCGAACAUUUACACGGAGAACUUUCCCUACAGCAAGAACAACUCCAAAACUUCAAUAUGAUGACGAAGAGGAGUAUUCUGACGAGGAAAUUUUGGAUGAAGAACCUGAAAGUCCUUACGUAUUUGUACCACCAAGUAAAUUAUUUACUAGAAAACCAGAAUCAGAAGAAUAUGAUGACAACGAGGAGGUUGAAGACGAAAUAAUCAAUGAAAAUUCAGAGGAAUUACCAGAAGAGGAAAACUAUGAAGAGGAACAACCUGUACUAUUUAGACCCACUUCUAAAAGGCCCCUAUUUAGUUCUAAAGUCGUCAAUUCUAAUACAUUUAGAACUACUAGUUCCACAACUCAAAUUCCUAGACGUCCACUUGGAAGUAGUCAAACCAAUGCCACUGUCUAUAAUAGAUUUGCUGCUAAUAAGCCAGUAAACGGUACUAAAAAACGUGUGCAGAACGUUCCCAUAGGGUACGGGACACCGAAACCAUCCCAAGCCAUUGAUUCCAAAAACACUGUUUCUGAAGCUCCAGAACGUACUGAAGUAGCAAACGCAACAUCUACAUCAUCUGCUCCUGACAAUGAAUAUACAACAACAGAAAGUGAUGAUUACCUUUCUAUGUCAGAAGUUACUACUUCGGUUCCAACAGAUAAUGUAACUUCUCCCACCACCACAAAUGAUGUUGAAACAGAAACAACUAUAAAUUUAAUGGAAAUUAAUAAUAGUACGGACGAUUAUUUAGAAGACACGACUAGCCUACCGAAUACACAAGACGGUUUGGAUUCGCAAAAAGAAACUGAGUCUGAAAUAGAUUCCUUGAAAGACAUCCAGACCACUAAAGCCCUCGAGACCAUAACGGAAUCCUCUUCUGUAAUUACUACAAAUGCUCCCCCAGUAACACCUGUUAUAAAGACACAAUUCGAUAAGUUAUUCUCUAUCAGUAGAGUUGUCGAAGUAUCGUCUAAAUCUGAAAAACACCGUUUGAAUAAAAAUAACGAGACCACCCUUAUUGAAGAAGGAGACGUUGUUGUGGAAAAGAAACCAACAGUUGAUAAAAUCGGUGAAGUGAGCAGAUUCAGUCUUAUAAAAAUAUUUGAAGAUGAAAUACCAAUUUAUUUAACAAAACUUGGACAUGUGUAUCCCGUUGAUAACCCUCCGGAUAAUCCUAUAAGGAUAGACGAGGCGCGAAACGCAAGAUCUCUGGUUGACUUUUCCGAUAUUCCCAAAGAAAAUCUUGUCGCAUCAGAAAGUAUGAACGAAGGCUAUAGACAUAUAAAUAAAUUAAAUGAUAAUUCUAAAUCUGAUAAUGGUAAAGUCGAGCAUAUAAAAGGCGAUGACUUUCUGAGUUACAUUAAUGAUGAUAAGAAAAUUGAGAAACGAAGGGAUAUUGAACCUGAUAACCAGGAGUGGCAGUUCUUUCCAGCUGCUUACGAGAAUGAGAAAGAUAGACUCAUUAAAAACGUAAAAACUUUAGAGGUAGUUACACCACGAAUGUUAACAGAUCAAUACACCUUACCUUUAGAAGCUUUAUUUAAAACUGAAACUCCUAUUUUACAGCGAAAAAUAUAUGACGAUGAAAAUGCUCCAUUUGUUGUAUAUUCUGCUCCAGUUGAGACAGACAAAGAAACUAAAAUUGUUAACGUAAAAUUAUCGAAACCUGAAACGGGCAAAAGUAUAGUCACAUUUGUUAAAGGACAGGAAUUCAAAAGUGAACCUAUACACGAGGAAACGACUGUAAAGUAUCCGAUCAGUAUAAAUAUAUUACAACAAACCGAAGCUCCCACUGAGGCUGUGGAAACUGAAACUACAUUAUCGAAAACUACACUCGCUCAGGUGACUACAACAGAAACAAAAGAUAUAAAAACUAGUCCCAUCAUGGAACUAUUGACGACAAUACAACCUCCAACGAUGGAAGUAGUGACAACAGAGAAACGGGAGCCUUCCUCUACAGAGGUCCCUACCACAACAACUGAACAACCGACCUCAACAGAAAAACCACUAGAAGAAUCCACUACACUCAAAUAUUCGCCUUUAGACGCAAAAAGAUCGAAAUUCCCACUACUAAGAAGACCUAUCAAACCUGCAAACAUAACCAAAUUUAAUCCAUUGCCAUUACAACGCUCGUUAAAGAAAAUAAAUACUACAUUUGCUCCAAAAGCUGCACAGAAAAUUAACAAAACUACCAGUUUCAGUCCGAGCAAGGCACGAUUUUCGAAUAGGUCUCAGAAUGUUCCCAUUGAUAUCAAAAGAAAGUCCACAACAAUAAAAACCCGGUCUUACACUACUGAAACCCCGCGUUCAACAACACAGAGAAAGGCUGCCAAAGAGCGCCGUACGUUCCUGCGUCGCACUAAAGCCACGGCGCCGCCGGAUACAGCAGGAGAGGUUACAAACACACAGACAACAACCAGCAAAUAUACAAGACGAGGCGAGAACAAAUUCAAGACACAAAAAACGGAAAAAGUCGAGAAAUCGCGGGAAAGUAAUAACACAGAGAGUCGGCCAUCUUUGAACGGCACCGCGGCGAGCAAUGACAAGCCCAACCGCAACUUUGUUCGCAGGCGCUUUGGAGGGGCGAACACUUCUACGACCCAAUCGUCUACAGCACAAUUAUCAUCAUCAUCAUCUGUAACAAGACGUCCGUUCCGUGUGGCGAACCGCCGCAGACUGUUCUCUACCACAACCACCACGACCACAGCCUCCCCCACCACUACAGAACUGGAGAGUGACGAAUCAUUACAGGAUAUAGGAGACACAGAUGCGAUCGAAGACCCGUCCCUCCAACCUCAAACCCAAGCGAGGAGAGUCACGAACGGUCCGCGGAGACGGCCACUGGUCCAACUCAAGAACCAAAACGAAGAUCAAAACUCCUCCGCCACUAAUGAUGAAGAGAAAACAAGACAAAGCAAGAAGUACAGCGCCAGCUUCAAACAGAACCAGCUCGACGAAAUACUGAAACUGAGAUCCAGCGCUGAAGAAAUUGAUGUUACUACGGAAGGAAGAUCCACUCUUGAUGAUACAAGUGCUGAAACAGCAGUAGCUCUAGCGGCCCACCAGCUCCUAUCAGCUCCCAUACCGAUCAUACCCGACUACGACGACGAAUCGAAACCAUCGCGGUCCUCUCAAACUAUCGUAGACUAUAAAUUUACGAGCCCAGAGUACAAUGACCUCACUAAAACGCAAACUUAUACAGAAGACUAUCAGAAAACUCCGUCUUACACUUCGUCUGGACCAAGAUAUGAGUCAACGACCCCUUACACUCUCCGAACUGACGGAGAUGUUCGAUCGACUACAGGAUCAGUUAACCCUGAAACAAAUAUACCCUCAGGGUUCACUACACCCGGCCUAUUCACAGGCCGGUUCACGAGACCUACUACAGGAAAUACAAUCAACCCGACUUUCUCUGGUAUAACGCUCAGCCUCGGCUCCGAAGGGUCUGGAGAGUCCACAGCUCGUUACACCUCAAACUUCCCCAAAGAAUCAAACCCUACAACUUACACGGUCAGCAACUAUGAAACCAGAACAAUCAGGCCAGGUUUAUCAACCAACAUCGUCAAUCCAACGUCGUUGAAUUUGAGAGAAUCUACAGCUAGGAUAUACCCGAGCCUGGAUCGAAGUGUACAACCGACUUAUUCGACGGAAUUCACAGCAAAAAUUUCAAGGCCGGCAGGAUUUUCACCUAAUUUAGUUAAAAUAGAUGAAAUUGAAAACGAUAAGACGACAGAGAAGUAUCCGGGUUUCAUCGAGAGGGGUCCAUCUACUGCUAGAUUCGAGGGUUCUAGCGAAAAGAUUUCGGUCCCGGUCGCCGUGGGGUACUCGUCUGGUAGCCAGGGCUUGCAAGAGCCUUCGUAUUUCACCAGAGAAUACUUAUUGGAGUCCCCGGUCACUAGAACGUACGACGAUGAAUACCAAUAUCUGUCACCAGCGACGACACCACAAACCACAACUAAGAAACCGCUGAGAAGGAAAACAAUCUACCGUAGAAUAUCAUCUACAGCUGCACCAAGCUCACAGAUUGUUCAAACCCCGUCCUCAAUCCGCACUUCACCCACAUUGACGACACCCACACAACCGAUAACACAGACGACGGUCAAACCACGACGAACUAGCAGGAAACCCUUUCAAAGAAUAGCGGUGAAGAAAGGUCCCCUUCAGAAACAACCAGUAGAGCCAGAGAUCAAGGAGUCGGCUCCCAAAGAAGUCCAGAAAACUCUAGUUCUAAAGAUCAAUAACAACGCCGUUAAGUCAUCGAAGCCACUCUCAGACUACGAUUACUAUGAUGACAGUCACGAAGGCGUUAAGUAUGAAGAUGGAUCCAAAGUACUUCUUCAUGGAAAAGGCGACAUCGAAUGUUUGGACAUCGGUAACUUCGCUCAUCCGUCGUCAUGUAAGAAGUUCAUAUCGUGCGCGCGAAUGGAGAGCGGUGCUUUAGUGGGCUGGGAGUACAUUUGUCCAAAGGGACUGUCCUUUGACCCUGUCGGCGGCAUUUGUAAUUGGUCCGCCGGGUUAGGUUGUACUGAGAAGGACGCGUGA